CAAAUCUAUUAAAAAUUAUAGUUUGAUAACGCGUCAGAUGUGAGUCAACGAUCGGAAGAAGAAGAACAAGGAGAAGGACCAAAAACUACUGGCAAAAACUGGACAAAGUAAGAAGAUGCUCCUGACUGUUUCUCUUGUUGGGCCUGGCAAUGCGACAUCCAACAACAACAACAAUAAUCAGAAACAACGAUAUACAACAGAAGGGCAGCAGCAGCAGCAGCAGCAACAACAAAAAUAACAACAACUACAGCAAACAGCAACAACAACAACAAAACGCUACUUGUAACUAAAGUGACAUGAGGCCUUAACAACAAUAACUACAACAAAAACAAGAGGAACAGGAACAACAAACAAAAACCGUAGAGCACUAAAACCCAAAUUACAAACAAUUAAAAAGCAAGCACCCAAAAGGAUCCUAAAAACUUCUACUUUCACUCCCCUUUCUGCUCCCUAAUCCAGAAGCCGCCUGCAGACGCUUGACAAGAAAGGCAGGCAAGCAAGGCGAAAUGUGAGGCACAGCCAGUCAGCCAGUCAGUCAGUCAGGCGGAGGCACUGAAAACACCAAAAACAGACAUAACCCAAGGCAAAAACAUUUAUGACCAACUAAAACUGAAUAACAACAACAACAGCAUUAGCAGCAUCAGCAGCAGCAGCAGCGGCCAACAAAACGCGUAGAAACGGUGACGAGUGGGCAAGCGGGUGGGUAGAUAGGAAGGAAGUGGGGCAAACAGCACAAAGGACACCAGACACCAGAACGACUUCCACUCUCCUAUUUCUUAACCCCAUACAGCUGUGUCUCUUUGUGUCACAUCCACAACAACACAAAGGCACAAACAAAAGGCGGCAAUAAAAAACAUUUCGCAUUGUUUGCUUUGCUGCUUUGGUCCACCCAAAGAGCAGAGGAGUCGGCGGAGGAGCAGCACCAUAGGAGCACACAUUUAGUUCUUUCUCUUUUUUUUUUGUUUUCUUGUUUUGUUUGGUGCCUUUUGGCUGGCAUCGCCUUUGCCCCACUCAAUUAAGCUCACUAAAAACGGAGAACAAACUGAAACCAGACAAACUCAAAUACAGUCAACUGGCCACGGUAACGGCCACGCCUUUUGGGUGAAUAGGCGUGGAUCCGUAACCGUAUAGGGACAGCGGACAGAGGACAGCAAAGCAGAGAGUUUAAUGUCACAAUGAAACUGAGCGUGAGCGCAUAUCGGGCGCAUGCAUCCGCACACAAGAAAAUCCUCUCGAGCGGCUAUCAUUCCCAGCUCAAUUACGGCAGCACUGGAGCCGGAGCAUCUGCGGCCGCAUCGUCGGCGGCCUCAACAUCGGCCACUGUAACAGGCCUUUAUACGAUGGAUACGCACGAGCAUGAGCAUGGUAAAUUUCCCAAGGAUAUGGCACGCAAAAUGCAGCAGCAUGGCGAAUGCAAUAGCGAUACGGAUGUCAUCAGUCCAACGGGUACCAGCAGUUCCGGUGGUGGCGGUGGCGGUGGUGGCGGCGGCGGCGGUGGUUCUGGUAGCGUUCCCAGUGGUGAUGGCUAUCAUAAGCGGCAUCAUCAUCACCAUAAGGCGAUGAUGGCAUUGGCCAAUAACGAUGAUGACAACAAUAGUGCGGUGCAUUCCUCCGAUAGCAAGAGUCCCAGUCAGCGGAAAUCGCGUAUCGGAGAUGGAGCUUCGGAUCCAGAUUCCGAUUGGACACGUUCGAAUCAACGCUGGAUGAAAUUACGCACCACGGUACAAAUAUCAUCGGCCAUACAGAAGAAACCACCGCUAAAGCGUGAAGAUUCAUUCCUGAAGCGUUUCUCCACAAGACAGAUACCCGAAACACAGGAAACUGUUGAAGACACGGGUUCAGAAAGUGCCUCUGGCGACGUCGACAAAAGUGUUAAACGUAGUAGACGACGUUAUUUACAGAAACGACGCUCCGUAGUUAAUCCAGAUGAGAAUUUUUACUUCUAUUGGUUAAUGAUGUUAACUGUAUGUGUUCUAUAUAAUCUAUGGACCUUAAUUGUGAGGCAGAGCUUUCCUGAACUGCAGCAAUCUGUGCCUACAUUUUGGCUUGUCUGCGAUUCAAUAACAGAUGUUGUAUUUAUCUUAGAUAUAAUAGUUCAAUUACGCACAGGAUAUUUGGAGCAGGGCUUAAUGGUAUACGAUGAUAAGAAACUGGCCUGUCACUAUGUGCAUUCAAGGGAUUUUAUCUUCGAUAUGAUAGCUCUAAUACCAUUGGAUCUCCUUCAAUUGAAAAUGGGCACACAUCCGCUUUUGCGUUUUACGCGCUUUUUUAAAGUUUAUCGAUCUGUGAGAUUUUAUUACAUCGUAGAGAGUAGAACAGUUUGGCCAAAUUUAUGGCGCGUUGUUAAUCUAAUUCAUAUCCUGUUAAUAUUGGCCCAUUGGUUUGGCUGUUUCUAUUUUUUACUAUCCGAGGCGGAGGGUUUUCAGGGCGAUUGGGUCUAUCCCUAUCGACCCGGCGACUAUGCCACUCUGACACGCAAAUAUCUGGGAAGUCUAUAUUGGUCCACGCUUACUCUGACCACAAUUGGGGAUCUGCCAACGCCCGAAACGAAUGCAGAACCGAACUUUUCGGUGGACGGCCCCAGAUCAAUACCAAGACGUGGCAUUAAAUCACGCCUUCUACAGUUUGGCUCUAGUUAUGGGUACAUUUUUACGAUCGUCAGUUAUUUGAUUGGAGUUUUUAUCUUCGCCACAAUUGUGGGUCAAGUGGGCAAUGUGAUAACAAAUCGUAAUGCAAAUCGUUUGGAGUUUGAGCGAUUAUUAGAUGGCGCCAAGACAUAUAUGAGACACCAUAAGGUGCCCGGUGGAAUGAAGCGUCGUGUUUUGCGAUGGUAUGACUAUAGUUGGUCUCGAGGUCGCAUUCAGGGUGGCGGGGAUAUAAAUACAGCCUUGGGUCUGCUGCCCGAUAAAUUGAAAACCGAAUUAGCCUUACACGUUAAUCUAAGCGUAUUGAAAAAGGUGACCAUUUUCCAAGAGUGCCAGCCAGAAUUUCUUCACGAUUUGGUGCUGAAAAUGAAGGCAUAUAUAUUCACGCCCGGCGAUUCGAUUUGCCGUAAGGGUGAAGUGGCGCGCGAGAUGUUCAUUAUAGCCGACGGCAUCCUGGAAGUGCUUAGCGAAACAGGCAAGGUUCUUACCACAAUGAAGGCUGGCGAUUUUUUUGGUGAAAUUGGCAUCCUCAAUCUGGAUGGUCUGAACAAACGUACUGCCGAUGUUCGUUCUGUGGGCUAUUCGGAGCUCUUCUCGCUAUCACGUGAAGAUGUUUUAGCUGCCAUGAAAGACUAUCCAGAUGCCCAGGAAAUUCUACAGACUCUCGGACGCAAACGACUCAUGGAGGUUCGUUGUGUGAACAAGAAAUAUGCCAAAGCUCAGCUCGAUAAGGAGAAUGCGGCAUAUGCAGCCGCUCAUCCGCAUGCCCCACAUCCGCAUUCACAUCAGCAUCAGGGUCAAGUGCAUCAAAGUGAUAGCAGUGAGAACAGUGCCUCCAAGAAGAUAGUCGACAAACUGAAACACGAUGUCAAGGGUUUUCGUAAUGUGCUUAAAAAGUCCAGAACUUCGCGCAAAAGCGACGAGUCGCUGGAGAUGCAACCACUGCAUAGUACCUCGCCGCGUGGCAGCAAAAUCAUGCUGAAACGUAUGUCGCGCGUACGUUCCGAUGAGAAGGAUAGUGCCGACAAGGAGAGCGCCGAGGCCAAAGAUGAAUUGCAUGACAAAACGCCGAGUCCCAUUGGGGCAGGUUUGCCGCUAUUGCAACGUCUGCGAUUGCUUAAAGAGAAGCAGGAUCGCGAAGAGCGAGCUGUUAAGUCCACCACACCACAGAAAUCUCCACCUCACUCACAUGUAACGUGUACGUUAUCGCCGCAGGAAUCGAUACAGGAAGAGCCCGAACGCGAGUUCAACGAAGGCUUUCCCCUAAUCCAGCGUCUGCAACAGUUGAAAAUAAAGAAUGAACCUCAAGCGAAUUCUGAGACCGGAGUCGGUGUUAUGGUGAACACUCCAGCGAAUAUCAGCAGUAAAAUUGAUACGCACUUCGGAGCCGGAACAUCGGGGGCCAUGGCCUCUGUGGCUCAGAUAAAGCCCAUUAUGAAGGUAUCCUUUAAACAAAAAAUCCAGCAAAUGCAGUCGGGCACAAGUACAAGUUCAGCAGGCUCAUCGACUGGUGCCAUUGCCAAGAAGGAGCCACCCAAAUCUUUGGCCGUAGUGGCCAAACAUGCCACUACAGAGGAGACGACAACGACAACAAUUGCAGUGGCCAGUGGAGUGGCAAGUUCGGGAACAGCAGCAACAGCCGCAGCCGCAGCAACGGGAACAGUUGCUGAGGGGGGAAUAGUCGCUUUAAAGAAAGCAAUAAAACCAUCCCUCAGGCUAGGCGGUACUACGCCUCCACUACAGUCCGAUACGGAUACAGAUGGCACACCCAUUAAACCAUGGUCCAAGCUCAAAUUCGCUACACUAAUGUCGUCUAGCUACACAAGUCUCACCAAUUGUCAAUCGCCCGAUGAUGGCACGCCUUUGAAGAAUUACUCGUUGAGCAAUAUACCACAGCACGCCAUGGAGGGGAUGAGUUCGCGUCCCCGACAUCACAGUGCCCGCAGUUCGCGCUCGCCCAGGCAUCACAAUCAGCAGCAGCAUGGAGGGCAUAGUGGCCAUGGGCAUGGACAUCAUCAUGGUCACCAUCAUCAUGGUCAUACAUCGAGCUCAAGCUCAACACGAAGCCACCAGCUGACUAGCUGUACAGCUGCAGCUACAACCCGCCCACAGAAACCCGAACAAAGGCUACCGGAACCAAAUAGCAAUGAGGCCAUCGGCGAGGGUCGCAAACUCUAUCAGAGUGUCUUUGAUCUAUCGCCGGAAUAUUGCGGCUUGCCCUUUGUGAAGCGUCUGAAGAUUCUGAAUGAACGACAGAAGCUAGUCGAACUGGAGAAUGCUCUGCAGACACGCAGCUUUAGUCUGGACUGCUCCAAGUCGAGUAUCAACAGUCAAGUGCCCAUCAAUGAGUCAUUGUAUCGUUGUUAUAGCGACACAUCUGGCAUCUAUUCACAAUUCGUUAGCACCUAUGAAUCGAAUACAACCACCAAUACAAGUUCUACUUCCACUUCGGCCUCGGCCUCGGCAUCGGCAUCGGCAUCUGCCUCGGAUAGCAAUUAUCAACGUCAGGCAUUGCAAUAUUUGCCGCUACCAUUAAGUCCCGAAUCGAAUGAAACUGUUGAGCGACGCAAGCUGAAGAGUAUUUUGAAGAAAUUACAGAAGAGUAAUAACAACAACAAUCCAACGAGCAGUGGCGAUGCCCCAGAGGCAAAUGAACCCUCAUCUCUGUCUCUGUCCCUGUCCAGGGGCCUGCCCAGGGAGCCAACCUUGGAAGGCCCGCCCGCAAGUGCCAAAUUGGCCGAAGAAGAUCCACAGGGGGAUGGUCAAGGUCAGUUCGCUGCCUUAACCCCUUCCCACGCGAACGUGAAUGUGAAUUUAAAUGCGCGCGCGCCGGUUAAUUCGAUUGUGUUGAAUAAACAAGCGGUUCCGGAUCCGCCAACAAAUUCACCGCAAGAAAGUUUCGUGUCAUCAUCGGCAUUUGCGUCUAGUAGUUGUGGUGUUGCUGGUGUUGGUGGUGGUGGUGGUGGUGGUGCCGAAGGUGGCACCGCCGCGGCCAUCACAUCGUCAUCGUCGUCGUCGUCCGCAUCCGCUUCUGCCACCGCAUCGUAUUUUGUUGAAUCUCAGCAGCAAAUACUCUCACAGUCUACCACAACAUCCACAGAUUUGAAUUUGAAUUUGCAGCUUAGACAGAACACGAUGAAUGCCUCAUCCACAUCAACGACAACGACAAGUGUCGCUCAAGUUCCCAAGCUAGAAGGAUUUCCAGAAGCUCAGGACUAUUUUAAUCAGAUACUGAGCGGCAUUAAUCAUGUGAUCAAAACUCAUAUGAACGAAAUGCAUUCGAAAUUUGAAACACAGUUCUCUAGCAUGGCCGGUGAGGUGAGACGUCGAGAUGCCAUAAUAGCCCAAUUACAGUUAAAGUUACGGACCAUCGAACAAAAGCCAACCACAUCAUCCACAGCCGCGUUGAUAACUCGCCGACAGAAGCGUGAAAAGAUGUCACAGAUAUCGGUCGAUGACGACGAGCCGUGUGAAGAGGACAACAGUAGUUCUGGUUCCUCGGCAGAGCUUUUAUUUAUGCGCGGCGAUUCCUUAGAUACUGUAUUUACCUCAUCACCGCCCAUUCAGGGCAGACGGAGUAUUUCGCCCAGUCCUGGCUCGAGGCCAAAUCGUUAUCAUCAUGCUGCCUCGGCGAAUGCCCUCAAUUGUCCGAGUAGUUAUUACACGGGUCCAGGCACUCUGGCCACACGUCAUGCCCAAAGUCAUCCCAGUUUUUAUACACCCCACGGCAAUGGCAAUGGCAGUGGCAAUGGCAAUGGAAACGGUCGCGGCAGUCGUAUUGGCUAUAGGGAUUGGAGUGGAAGCGAAGAGAGAAGCUCUGUGGGUCCAACCCGCAUGGUGGCCGAUGUUACGGGGAAUCUGACACGCAUCUCGGACAGCGUUAUCUUGGACAUAGGCGAAAGUUCUAGCUCAAGUUCGUCAUCGAGUAAACUGAACAUUGCCGAGGAAGACGAUGAGGAUGAUGAAGGUGAAGGCCACGGGGAAACAGAUGCGGGUGCUGCUUUGGUAUCUAGAAGUCAUGGCCCAAAUGACUGGGAAGUCCAAAUGUUGGCCGCCGAAAUGGAGAGACAAGAGAAACGCAAACGUGGACUCUCGCUAACCGAUAAUCUUGGCGAGCUAAAACAUUGCAGCACAUUUCUCCGUAGACGUCGCAAAUUCAGCGACACCGAAACGGAAAUCAGCGAGACGGAUUUGUCGAAUGAACAGCAGCUAAGCGGCAGUUGCCUAGGAGCUGGUAGCUCGGGUACCCUAGCUACCACAACGGAGGCAGCAUCUGGAAGUGGAGAAGCUGCAGCUAGGGCUGCCAUUCAAAGUGGCAGUCAACGUCCAAGGGCCUCCAGUCUCGAUCAGUUUAAUUUACGUUAUGGCAUUGGACGGGGAAUUUUUAAAGCAAUGAGCAUCGAUCGUGAUAAAGACAAGCUUUGAGAACUAUAAUCAUUAUAAACCAGAGCCCGGCACUCAUAUCCCCCGGGGGACGAACACGUUCGGCACCUCGU